AUGGUCCUCAGUCUAUGCCUUUUCAUCUUCGCAGGGGAAAAGCCUUUAGCGCCGGAUAUUGUGUUUACACUUGUCGCUGUAUUCAAUAUUCUCAAGAAUAUGCUUACCUUAAGUGUACUUGGUGCUGGGCAAUACGCGCAAGCGAUGGUGAGCUUGCAACGAUUAAGCGACUUUAUGGACCGAAAGACUCCCCCGGUGGUCACAGACAAAACCCAACUUACGAUGCAGGCACAAAAAUUUGACCGUCGGGUUCCCUCAUUUUCUACAGCGCAAGUCCUCGGGGAGUUCAAUCACACUCAAGCCAGGUUUGACGUCGAGUUCGUCAGGGGCGGACUCAAUGUGAUUACGGGUGAUACUGGGUCAGGAAAAACUUUGCUGUUACACUCAUUGCUGCUUGGUGGUUCUGCAAACCAAGGCAGCAUAGGGCUCGGCAAAGCACAAUUCGAGCCGAUUGCCUACGCAUCUCAAGAACCUUGGCUUUUCCGAGGCAGUAUCAAGGACAACAUUGUAUUUGGGACUGCAUACGAUCAAAAGCGCUACGAGCGGGUCAUUAGAGAUUGCGCGUUGGAGAAAGAUCUUGCAGCUUUCAAGGACGGCGAUCUCAAAGAGGUAGGUGAAGGUGGCCGCAGUCUCUCUGGGGGUCAGCGUCAGCGAGUGUCCCUUGCGCGAGCAAUGUAUACGAACGCAAAUCUCGUCAUAUUGGAUGAUAUCCUCUCAGGGUUAGAUCCAAGCACCUUCGAGUGGGUGGUGACGAAAUGCAUCUUCAGAUCGGAGCAGCGGAAUCGCACAAUGAUAAUGGUUACGAAUAGUCAGAGAAUACUCCAGAUGGCUGAUCUAGUCAUUCACAUGGAGUAUGGCAAAAUCGCGCAAGUUAAGAACAAUCUCAGCACCAAAAACAGACAAGGCGUGCCCGACAAGGAUUAUGUCGAUCGUUUGUUUUAUGAUACGCCAGAAGCCUCUGAAACAGUGUCUGCAACCUUUGAAAGCACCGGUGGCAGCGAUAAGAUGAGCCCGAUCUCUGCGGAGGCCUCUAAUGAAGGUGCUGGUUUUCAGCGCGUGAGCAGUUUGAGAUAUGGCUUCAAAUAUCUCCGGUCCUUUGGCAGUCGGACAUUCGUCACUUUAGCAGUGAUUUCUGCCGUAGGAGCUCAAGCCUUGGAGAUCGGACUCCCAGCAUGGCUCUCAAUUUGGAGUGCACUAUCAGUGAGAAGCGAAGGGGAAGGUAGGGAUGGGUUUUACCUAGGAAUUUAUACAGGACUCGGUUCAGCGCAAAUAGCGAUCCUGGCAGUCUCGCUGUUGUUGCUAUACUCGGGUGCUUGGCGAUCUAGUCGUGACAAGCAUUUAGAAAUGAUUUCCGCAAUCUUCGGCACCACUUACACCUGGAUCUGGAGUACCCCAGUGGGACAAGUAAUCAAUCAUUUCUCGUCUGAUAUCGCAAGUUUAGACGACACUCUGUUCAGGACGUUUCGUCCAGUUUUGGAGACAUAUCUGUCAAUUGGUCUCCGAAUUCUCACCGUGACAUCGCUUAUACCACUCUUCUUUUUGCCCUCUGUCGUACUGUGCGGGUUUGCAAUCUAUGUGGGCUACCGUUAUCGUUUCGCAGCCACCGCCGUGAAGCAUAUAUACGCCGCUAGUCUCACGCCGCUGCAUCAUAGUAUUGCGGAAACUGCGUCGGGCCUUAAGACAAUACACGCCUUUCGUGCGCAGGGGAUGCUACAGAAGCGCUUCAAUGCGGCAGUUGAGCACCAUGCCCAGGCAUGGAAUGCUGUCAGUGAUCUUCAAAGAUGGCUGGCAGUACGGAUGGACAUCUUCGUCGCUUUGAUAUCAUGCUCGGCGGCGACAUUAGCCAUCUUGCGGCCGCAUUCAAGUGCGCCUGUUGUUGGUCUUAGUUUGACCCUCACAACCGGCCUCUGCACGGCUCUACUUUAUCUGGUUUAUCUCUCGAGUCUUCUGGAAGUAGAAAUGGCCAGUUAUUGCCGUAUUGAGAACUAUAUCCAGGACCUUCCACAAGAAGUUUCUUCCGCUGAUCUUGACGCCUGUGCGGUAGAACAUUGGCCAACUCGGGGACUGAUCACUUUUGAAAACUUCGGGGCCAGCUAUUCGUUGGAUGGAGAGGAGGUUCUCAAGAGUGUCAACUACAGAGCGAAUGCCGGCCAACGAACAGCCAUUGUCGGUCGCACAGGGAGCGGAAAGACUUCCCUGGCACUGAGUCUACUACGGCUGACGACUAGGACGCGUGGAUCCAUAUCCAUUGAUGGCGUUGACAUUGAAUCAGUUCUUGUUGAAAAGCUACGACAGAGCAUAAGUUUUAUCCCUCAAGAUCCCACACUGCUUGAUGGAACAAUACGUUUCAAUCUGGACUUCAACGGAGAUGAUGACGAGGGAUACCUGCAGUCGAUCCUAGAUGAUGUGGCGGGGACAAGGAAAUGGAAGCUGGAUGACACCGUUGAACUGAAUGGGAGAAAUUUCUCACAAGGCGAGAGACAGCUCAUUACCCUCGCACGAGCUAUGGUGAGCAAACACAAAAUUCUCAUCAUUGAUGAGGGGACCGCUAGCCUGGACAAAGCAAGCGAAGACCGUAUCAUGGCUGUCCUUGGGGACCGCUUCAGCGAAUGUACGGUCAUAGCCAUCACACACAGGUUACACAGCAUUAUCGAUUUUGACCAAGUCCUCGUAAUGGGCGACGGCCAAGUGCUGGAGGCGGGAAAUCCUCGUCAUCUUCUCGAAGGAGGGGAAGGUGUUUUCAAAGCAUUGUAUCUGCAGCAGUGUGGCACGGAUGCUGUGGUUAGUGGCAAUCUCAGCGACUAUCGCCAAUCAUAA